UGUGAUCUGGCUGCUGCUGUUGAUCAGCUCAUCGGGAAUCACUCCAGCCAUGCGGAGGAAGCACAUGAGAAAAUCGAGGCAAACGAGACUGUCAGUGUGUCUCAGUUCCCAGCUCUUGCUGCAGGCAGCGUCCUCUAUCUCAUCUCGCCUGACUUGGUCUGUGCUGCGAUUGGAGAGGGGAAAUGGGCAGAGGAGAAGGAGCGUUUCCUUCACAAAUAUACCCAUAUGGACCACUACAAACACGCUCACAGUCACAUAGGCAUUAUUGGACUUGAGAGUGUGAUUCAGGAUCUGCACAACCACUAUGAGCCUUCAGAUGAUAAGAACUGUGUAACAGCUAGUGGCAUCAUGAUGGAGGUUGACCCAGCGUCAUCAGAUCAGAUACAGGAAGUAGGUGCAGUUUUGGGGCGUGUAUUGUACCACGCCCUCCUUGGUCAUUGCUUUGGUCAGCCCCUACCAGAGGAGAGCUUUUUCCUGGAUUUUGUCAUGACUCAACUUGGUUCAGAAAAUUUCACUGUUCAUGAUUUAGAGGUUCUCAUGAAGAGCCUUAAAAUUGGACCAGAGGAGGACCACGAUCAUGAUCAUGACCAUAUUGAAGAUGCUAAAAAUUAUCAGAGGAAGCAGAGAGGACAAGUGCGUCAUGUAGGAGAUCAAACUAACAACACCUGGGAUGAGCAAUGUUUCACAGCUGAAGAAUUGGUCCAGAUCUAUGGUCUGUCUGGGGAAAGUUCUGGAAUGGGAAGAUCUGGCUUUGCAAAGCUGAGUCCUGCAUUGGUCCAGCAGAUCCUGAGUGGAUCAUGCUCAAAGGUUAUAGAACCAGCAACCUCCGAUCAGCUCUCCAAAACUGAGAAAUACCUCUAUGCGACCCUCGCCAAUAUUGUCAUUACCCUCAUGGCCAUUUUAGGCGUUGCGAUCCUACUGUGUACCUCGUGUACCAGUGUUUUCCAGAUGUGUAUCCAGUUCUGUAUCAGCAUGGCUGUGGGUUCUCUGACUGGGGAUGCCCUGCUGCACCUCAUACCAUCGGUUCUGGGCCUACAUGUUCACUCAGGGGACGAUGACCACGAUCACCAACAUGAGGAAACCCCAGAUUAUACAUAUAAAAUGCUAGCGGUGAUUGGUGGGAUCUACGCAUUUUAUCUGAUGGAAUCCAUCUUCUCAAUGAUCACAAAUGAAAGGAAUAAUCAUCAUGAGGUACGAGGAGACCCUGAAACUGAAAAUUGUACUUUACUUCUUGGACCGAGUCACAGCGGCAUCAGUCUCAGCAGACACUCCCAAACUUCCCUCUCCUCUGACACCUCAGCAAUCUUGUCUGAGGGAAGCUCAAGGCAAUACAGGGCAAGCCAAGAGACAUGGUCCCUUCAGUGUGUCCUGGGGGCAUUAAAAACAGAUGUCCAAGCCACCUUAGCUGGCACCUGA